UUGUCCCCCUAUUCAGGCCCAUGUGGUUUCUUCCACCCAGAAUCCACUUUGAAACAACAUGGCGGCGCCCGUGAGGCAUGUAGGACAUCACAUCCAAAGAAACAGUCGGUUAUUGCUAAAUAACCUUGAGCAAUUGUGGAUUCACAGGAGUUUCAGUUGGUCUCCAGCUUUGCAACAACAAGCUGACCAGGUUAAUAAAGACUCAGCAGAGACUAUUGUCAUCCCCAAGAAGAAAACAUGGAGCAAAGAAGCCGUGCUGGAAGCUUUGGCUUCAACUGCCAGCAGGGAUGCUACAGCAUAUCCAUACCAAUUCCAGGAUGAUUCUUACCUUUCACCCAGAACCUUUAAUGAGUUUAAGUUGUACACUCUUUCUCAAGAGUCUGGGAGAGCUGCAGCUAAAUACUUUGUCAACAACAACCCCAAUUUUUUCACCAAAGACUUUGCUGAGCCACAUAUUCCAUGUCUAAUGCCCGAGACAGUGUCACUGCAUCUUAAGGAGGUAAGCGAAGAAGCUCUGAAGGAACGAAUUAACUUGAGGAAAGUUACAGCUGCUGUUGACAUGUAUGAUCAGCUGCUGCAAGCUGGGUCAGCGAUCUCCAUGGAAACAACUCAUGACCUCCUUGACCUGAUUUGUCUUUACUGUGACAGAAACCCUGUCGAAGAGGGGGGACCACAGACGGAGGAGACUGAGGAAUCAGGAGCAGAAGCAAAGAAGAGAAAAGUAAGGGUAGGGUGGGCUUCAGACCUCCUGAAAUCCACGUGGAAAGAAAGCAACAGCGCUGAGAGAAUCUUUAAACUGCUGCCAGAGAAAGACACACGAUGUUACUCUGCUUUGAUCAGAGGAAUGGUGAAGCAUGGAGCCUACACAGAGGCCUUCAGCAUGUUCACAGACCUCCUUAACAACAGGCUAAGUGCUGAUGUCCACAUCUUCAAUGCUUUGAUCUCAGCAGUUCCAGAUGUCAGAGAUAAAUACAAUGAGAGAUUGGAGCUCCUUGUUGAGCUGUUGAAACAGAUGAGUCAGCAGAAAGUGCAGCCCAACCUGCUGACCUUCAAUAGUGUUCUCAAAGCUCUGAGGCACUGCGGCUCUUUGGCCAAGUCACAAUCUCUACAAACUCUCAACGAGAUGAAAACUAUGGGAAUAGCCCCCAGCCUGGCUACCUUUGACCACAUGCUGGCAAUCUUUUACAAAUCAGCCAACUCUGCGCAAAGCAGCACGAACAUUUUACAGGAAGUGAUGUCAGAAGUGACUGGAUGCUGUUUUACCUGUCAAGACCCUGAUGACGUUAUGUUCUUCUCUAGUGCAAUGCGAAUCUGUCUGGACACUAAAGAUCUAGAGAUGGGUUAUAGAGUCCAGAGUCUAGUAGAAGUGGGGGAGAAUUGGAGACUGCUGGGAGAUCCCUACCAGCUCACUAUUUACUAUUGUCGCUUCUUCAACUUGUUGUGUAUGAUGGAGCACAUUGACAUGGUGUUGAAGUGGUACAGACGGCUCAUUCCCUCGCUGUACUACCCGAACGCACAGGGAUUAAAGGACCUACUACAGGCUCUGGACACUGACAACCGCCUUGAUUUGCUUCCUAGUAUAUGGAAAGAUAUUCGCUCUCUGGGCCAUGAGAAGAAGCUGGAUGUUAUAGAGGACGUGCUUACGCUGAUGACCAGAGAGAAACACAGUCCUAAGAUUCAGGAAUCUUUUGCACAGUGUGCUCUGGAUGUAAAGAGUGUGUUUGAGGGUGAAAGAGGGAGGCUGGAGUGGAGCACCAACGCCCUUUCAAACAUAACCUCCCUGCUGCUGCGAGCCAACAAGACCCAACAAGCCUGGGAGAUGUUGCAGCUCUUCAAAGAAAAGAACAGAGUUCCUCACAAUUGGCUGAUGAACGACUUCCUCUCAGAGUGUCACACCGAUGGCUCCGCCCAGAAGGCGGUGGACCUGGUCCAGCUGUCUGCGGCCUUCUGUCUGCCAGCAACAUCCAAGUUGGCUCAGCGUGCGCUAGCUGAGUUUGAUCUGACAGAAGAGCAAAGAGUCAUUUUAUCUGCACUGGAGUCUGCAGGAGAGCCCUCUGACUGAAUGAGACCUCCAUGGAAAACUAUUAUGAUAACCAGUCUGUUAUAACCGAAUAUAAAAUCAACAGUUAAAAAUCGAAUAUUCCCACUUCUGUCUUUUCUGUCUAGUAAAACUAAUUCAACCUUAA